CCCACGUCUGUAUUACUUUCCAUAACAAAACAUACUAUAAAUUCAGAACAAAUUCUCCCAUCUGUGUUGUUCCAGCUAAUUGCCAAAUGGAAAUGGUCGAAGACGACGCUUCUUCUUCCUCAUCUUCAUCUCAAACUGAGAUUGGCGAAACAAUCUCACCUCCAUCGAUCAAGAAACGGAAAGCCGGGAGAAAGAAGUUCAAAGAGACAAGACACCCGAUCUAUAGAGGUGUCCGGGUAAGAAACGGGUCCAAAUGGGUGUGCGAAGUUCGUGAACCCAACAAGAAAUCAAGAAUAUGGUUGGGUACAUUUCCAACCGCUGAAAUGGCUGCUAGAGCUUACGAUUCUGCAACCCUAGCCUUACGUGGUGAUGCCUCACCACUCAACUUUCCUGACUCCGCCCAUCUGAUUAAACGAGCCAAAUCAUCUUCUGCCCAUGAUAUUCGAGAGGCUGCUCUUGAAGCAGCUCUUGCCUUUAGGCCGGAAGGUUAUGAACAUAGGUCAUCUAGGUCGCCUGUGUCUUUUCAGAUCGAAAAGGUGGCGGUGGAGGUGCCAGAGAUGGCUUUCGUCGAUGAAGAGCUUUUGUUUAAUAUGCCAAGUUAUUACAAUAACCUUGCAGAGGGAUUGGUUAUUACACCACCAGCAAUGAAACGCGGGUUUAAUUGGGGUGGUGACUUUGAUUGGCCUUGUGAUUUUGAUUCGGAUAUGGACUUGACUCUCUGGAGGUAUUAAGUCGAACUGAUACAAACUUAAACGAAGAGACACGGUUAGAUAUAGUCGGUUCUUGUUUUCAGUUAUUGAUCGAUGUUUGUUCAUAUUCAUAUACAGAUCUUUGAAAUUUUUUGAUAGAAUUUAAUUCUGUAAAAAGAUUAAGAUUUGUGUAUAAGCAAAAAAUCUUGAUUUAAGAUUUCG